UCCAAAAUAAAUUCUGGUAAUAUUAUUUUAUUAGAUAUCUACAAAUUAACGCCCGAAUAAAUUAUCGUUUACAAUUAUGUAGGUAUACACUUUCAUUCGUAUUAUUAAUAAUAGUUAAUUUAUAUUAAAAGAUGUUUAUGUAUAAUGCUCUAAAAAGCUAUCCUCGAAAUUUAGUUUUAUAAGAUGAAAUAAAUAGGAAUACGUUUUAUCUUAACACUACCAUUCAUCCAUGUUUAUCAAUGUAAAACUGUACUUAGCAUGCGUAAAUAAUUUCUCGUUGCCACACAAGACAGCUCUAAAGCGAACUGGGGUCAAACUAUUGACCUCGUAUUGCCAAACUCACUUUUAUGGAGAAAUUGAACUUGUAUAUUAUCAUACACCUUACAGUUAUACUGACAAAUGUAGUAAAUAUCAGUGGUUUGACCGGAAAGUGCCUAAUUGUCAUGAAGCUAUUGGAACUUUUUCGUAAGCCUCAUCCAAAUGACGAGUGCUAACACAAAGUGUCUAAUUAGUAUUCAUCUGAGCGCGUGUAGUCCUCUUCGCGGUGGGGACGGGUUAUUAGCCGGCGCCGCCUCCGCGCCCAGGCAUAUUGUUCCGAGUUCUGCCCACCGAGCGCCGUACGCUCGUCUGCCAAACGUUAAUUCACUAUGUCAAUAUUGGAACUGCAGUAAGGUCUACCAGCGAUUUCACCACAAGAAGUCGAGCCGGUGGCUGGGAAGGCAAGAAGUCGGCAUAGCUGUUUGAAUAAGAUACACGGCUGUGUCACUUCGAGCCAGCUCAAUCCGCCGGCUUUCUUCAAUUUCAAGAUUUGCGGAUGCUCCCAUAUCGUGAAAAUUCGGAUCGCUCCCGCUCCCGCUGAGUUUUCGCCGGGAGAGGGCGCACCUGACAGCUGUCAAAGAAAACUUUCUUCGUAACCGGACGUGGGAGGAUUUUUAUUUUUAAUCACACACGACGAUGUUUCCGUAGAGUGUGAUCGGCUGUGUACGUGCGGGACGAAAACGAUACGAAAACACGACAAAAUGCCGACCGAGGAGGUGUUGGGUCCGCGGAAGACAAUGCUCAUACUAGUGAUUGUUGUGGGAUGUUUCGCUAUGUUGUGGCCCAGGAUCCUGUCUCCGCUGAUCUUGGGCCACACACGGGAGCAGCUGAAGCCGAACGAGUUCGACCGGGAGGCAGGAUGCUGUGAGGUAAUGUUCGGUACUGAACUGGCAGUACUGGAACUGAUAAACGAGGUUUGCAGCUCAGCAGUCCAUCUACAUAGCGGAAAGCUCUCUGCAAAUGCUGCAGCUGAAUGUAGAAAAGCUGUGAACGAGACCUGUGGUGUUGAUAUAGUAGCAUUCCUCAAACGCAGCGACAACAUAGGAAAAUCUUCUAAGAGCCUCGUUGAAACCAUGAAGAAUAGCAACAGUUCAUGCCUGAAAGAGAAUUUCGGUGUGCCGGUGAUGAAUCUAGGACCACACAUAGCUCUCAACUCAUGGACUUUGCAAGACACAAUAAAACAAGAGCGACCUCUGAUCCGCGGGGCAGGUCCUCAUCCGGCUCUCCGCGAGCGUGGUCGAGCGAUCCCACCGGGCACCGCCGCUCCAUCACGGACCAUCACGAUGCCUCCGCACGCAAGGGUACGGUCACCGCUAUCUGUGUACUUUGAACCGGAUAUCAAGCCUCCGCCGAUACCAGGGAUGCGCCCGCCAUUGGGAUCACCGGGAGGUCCCGUCGCGGCUCCUAAGACUUCGAUGGGCUUUAUAAUGCCAAUAUACACGGUUUGCAUUGUGGUCUUCUUCGUCUACACUCUAAGUAAGAUCUUAUUCAAGCGAGCUGGUACCCCCUAUGAGCCAGUCCGCCCAGACCCUUGCUUCAGACGGCGCGUAUUCCGUGACGAUUCCAGAACAUCUCCCGAUAAACUUGGACCAAAGGAACGGGACGCAAGGGACGUGGAACUGGAGGCGCUCCGUGCACGUUUGGCCGAAACCGAAAGAACGAUGCAAAGGAUUGUCGGCCAACUAGCGCAACGCGAUGCGGAAGCUGCAGAGAAUCCCUCUCGGUCUUAUACGAAUGGCACCGUCUUGCAUAACGUCGGUCCAGUUCAUAUCGUGACCAGUGAAUAUCGCGAAACUUCCGAAGAGAGAGAACGAGAACCGUCCCCACUAAAAGAAGCCAGCCCUGAAAAAACACAGACACCGUCGGAACCUCCAAAAUCCGAACCGACAGAUGAUACUCCCGAACAUGAGCAAUCAGCUGAACCGGCCACUGAUGAAGAUGAUCUGAGAUUAAGUUCACUGCCAAAAGAAUCAUCACCGGAAAAAGAUGAUACAGUGCAAGAAGAAGUCGACAAAUCAAACGAAACAACGACACGCGUAAAUGAAACUGAUAAAGAUGAUGAAACGCCAGCUAAUGAUAGAAAAACUGAAGUGAUUGAUGAGGUACAAACCGCCGAAACAGAACUGAGACCAGAAAUCGAAGUGGAACCGAAAGAGAAUGAUCUAUUGAAAUUGACUGGAAAUGGUCACGUAGUCAAAGAUAAUAUUUCUAACAUAACAGAAGAUUUUCUUAAUGAAGCUAAAACUUUAGAAGAAAACAAAAAGACGGAAGAUCUUCUGGAGGAAGCCAUCAAAGACGAAUCGGAAGAGGAACAAGACAACGGAAGUGUGAAGGUGGUAGGCAUGGAGCUAACAACGCACGUAGCUGACGGUGGAGCGUGGCAUAGGCCUUCGUCUCCGGCGACACCGACUCCGGCGCCUUCGCCCCUAACGCAAGCUCGACCGCAUGAGGCAGAGGAGGUCAAGUCGAUAUAUCUAGAGGCAGAGAUUCCUCAGAAGUCUCGAGUGCUCGUCGCUGACUUUGGCGAGGAUAGACCGGAGGGACAGACGCCGGCCAGCGAUACGAUGGUGGUGAGCGGUAAAAUGACUCUCUCUCUGAUACAAGACGAGCCUAGAGAGACGCCGGAAAGGGAUCCAGAAUCAACAGUGGAUGAGUUCACGACGGCUAGCGCGGUUACGCAGCCGGCUCCCGAGAACCAACCCGAAGAAGAUUCAGAAGAGGAAGAAAUCGAAGAAGAGAUAGAAAUAGAAGAGAUCGAGGAGGAAGUGGAAGAGGAAGAGUUGGAUGAAAACGAAUUAGUUCCGGCGAAAUUGGAGAAUGGGCCAAAACAUACCGAAUAAAGAUGUUGCAAGCAAUGUUUGUCUGGAACCCCUUAAAGUCGUUUCUCUUUGCGAUCUGAUCAUAUUGGCUAUGGUAUUGCGAUGAUGCACAGAUUAGCCAAUGAAGAAAGUUUAUUGUUUUUAGUAAAAACACCAAGACAAAGAAAUAUUUAUUGACUUACAAAAUGAAAAGAAUGAAGCGGUUUUAAGGGUUUAAAAUUUUUAUAAUGUUCAUGAUUAAAUAACAAACAGUAAUCUGUCUUCUUCUUUUAUGUACAAAUGUGGCAAGCGAAAAAGCGACAGAGAAUCCUGUCCAAUACAUUAGCUAUGUUCUUGCUCUUCGUAAUGCCUCUCUCAAAAAAUAAUAAAACAUCCCUUUGAAUAUUAAUUUAAAUAAAAUUGUUCUUGAGCUAUAUUAUUUCCAUUUCAUUCUCAAAUGUUUCGAAAAUAAUUUAAGAACUGAAUAGAAGAUACAUGCGUAUAUUGUGAUAACAUUAAAGUGACAUUGAUUAUCUAUGGUCUUUCUGUAGUCUCUAGUAUUUCCAUAAACAAUUUAAUUAAUUAUCGUGUGUGUGUCUGUGUACUUUUUAUUUUCGAUUUGAACGUAUUUUUAGACGAAAAUAUUAUAAGAUUAAAAUAUAUAAGAUCAGUUGUUUAACGGAUAAUAGUUUUAUUGUAACAGUACCAUUUUUUAUUCGCGCAUAAUAUUCUAAAGAACAAUGCUAUGGGAAUUUAGUCGCAUUAUGGCUUCAUAUUUAUUUUUUAAUGUUGCAGAUUGAUUUUAAUGGUUAACAUAAUUUAAGCAUUGAUACAAAUAUAUUGUUAUUGGAAAGAUGAUAUUUGGUGACGGAAAGUAAUGUUUUUUUUUUAAAUUCAACAAGUAACCUCCUUAAAACGUUUGUUCGAUACUCUCGUGCCAAAUUUACGUCAUAAACAGAUUUAUCUCUCAAAAAAUAAGCUCUAAAUUUGCACAUACCCAUUAUAUUCAAUUUAGUAUAUUGUGAUUAUAUUUGCGAGAUGGGAAACUUAAUAGUAUGCCCAAAGAAUAUAGCGUGUACUCGUAACUACAUAAAAGUUAUGAUUGUUUGUUUAAAAGUGGCACAUCCGACGUUUUGCUAUGCGAGUAGUAUAUUUGUCCAACUUUCAGUGUUGACCCGUUUUAUUACUGAAUGUUUUGGCCCAAGGCGCAAGGUACCUUCUAUUUAAGUAGGUAAUUAAUAAGUAAAAUUUUAAAUUAAAACACAUUAUCGUACAUUUAAUGAACCUUUAUCCAUGUUUUACUCGAUUUCUUCCAAACGUUUGGCCAAAUUUUUUAUAUUUCUAUUCUUUGUUAUGGAAUUAAUAUUGUGGAACAGAUGAAAGCUAGUUUUUUGCGUCCAUUUAAAUUUAGAUUAUUAAAAUGUCUCAAUGUCAGAGAAAUGUAAUUUGAUUGGUGUUCGAAGUGAAAUAUUAAAUUUUAUAUAAAUCUUUUGUAUUUUUUUGGAAAGUUCUUGGUAUGAUUUGUAUCUUUAGAAAAAUUUCCUACGCGAAAUUUGGACUUAAAAGACAAAAAUUAAUAAAAUUAAUCGAAAACGUAGGUACAUACCACAGCUCAUAGAUGUUUUUAUUUUUUCACGUAAAUAAAGUUAGGUACUUUUUUUAAACUAGUAGCCAUUUCGCGCCUAAAUCACUCGAAAGUUUUGAUGGUUUUUUUAUAAAAAUAAAAAAGAUGCGUGAAUAUUUAUUUUGAAAUUUUUCUAAUCAAAUAGAGAGUAGUUUUUGGCAAAAAUAUUCAAUCUUUAUUCUCAACUCUGCAGAUAUAAAAAGACAAUUAAAUAUGAAUGGUAUAAGUAAAUAAAAUUGUUUCCGUUGUGACAUAAAUCUCGUAUUCUUAAGAACGUCAUUUAUGGAACUUUAUGGAACAUUUGUUAAGUAAGUAUUUCAUCAGAAAAAUUGGUACUCGCCUGCAAGAUUCGAACACCGGUGCAUCGCUACAUACGAAUGCAACCGGACGUCUUAUCCUUUAGGCCACGACGACUUAAUACACACACUACAAGCUUAGCAUAACUGCGCGCAUAGAUUUUACCAUUCACGCAACAACAACAAAAUCAGCUUUCCCCGAAUGUCUCUGUAAAAGGCCUCUUAAAUUCAUCGUAGUUUGAUUGCAUUUAAGUUAUUGUUACACAUUUACGAGAUUGUUGUUGAGGUAAUUGUUGACGAGUGUUUUUAUUAUUUUGUCAUUUCCGAUUUUUUAAUUUCUUAUUAUAGAUCUAUCAAAACAAAAGUUUAUUCAAUCACCAUCCGUUCUGUGAGCUAAAAGCACUUAAACAUCCCAGUACUAAAUUUUAAGGAGGAUAUUAUUAAAUCUUGACAAUUUAAAGCUUACGGGCCAAGCUGCCGAGAACCUUUCCGCUUUUUAUUAUUUAUAAUGCAUCUAUUAACACAUAUAUUUAUAGAACACACGAAACAUUUUAAAAUUAUCACGAUUCACAGCUUAGAGUAAUUUCAAAUGGACACAAUAUCUAAUGUCCGACAUUUAUGGAUUUUUUCAAUGAAGAAAUAAAUUAAGUACAUACCUAACGGUGGUUUAAUUUACAUAUCCGUUAAUGACCACUAUCCAAGAUUUGAACACAUUAUAAACUGUAUUUGAGUUUGUAUAUCCAUGUCUUACAUAAAAGUGAACAUAUUACAGUACCUAUAUAUUUUAUAUUUUUUGUAAAAAUUAACGUAAAAAAGGAAACUGGAAUCAGUGAAAUAUAAUAUCUCUAGAAAAAAAAAGAUCAGAUUCGAUUUUCUGCUUCUAAAAUCGAGACUCAUUAACGUUCGUCUGUGAACAGGCAAUCUAAAGCAAAGGGUUAAAUCGCGUCCCGCCGCACCAUGGGUCAUUGACCAUGGGCGUUGGCCGUUGUAAUUGUUAAAUUCGUAUACGGUAAAAAACAAUUUUAUAUAUAUCGCGAUGUUUGUAAUGACUCUGAUGUUGGUUUUCGGUUUCCCGUAUACAUUAUUCAUACCAGUAAAUGUGUACACUCAUACUAUAUUAUCAUAUCAUUCCUUUAAUAAUUCAUUCAAGGGUUUUUGUUAAAACAUUUAUUUUUGUUAACGCUUCUGUUUUUUGUUUUUAGUUGUUAAGUUAAUAAAUAAUGUGGAAUUAA